UGUUUGUGUGUGUACGAAUUGCCCGCGCGGGGACGGUCUCACACACUUGCGACAGCUCGGAGGACAGAGACACACACGCACGGACGCAGCAGAAGUUGAAGCAGUAGUAGGAGCGGCCACACGCACCUCCCGAAGCAGGGCGGCUCUUCUCUCGGAGCGACUUGUCCGCGUGGAAGAAAAUAUUAUAAGAGCAAAAGAAAGUUCGGGGAUCGAUCGCUCGUUUUUGUCGCAGGGACGAAGAAACAAACAGCACUGUGAAAAAGUUUAAGAACAGAAGACGUGCAUUUCUCAUACGACAGUCACUAUGUUGGUUCUGUUGGCCCUCAUCUUCCUCCUUCACAUCGCCACUAUAACCCUCCUCCUUGCUGCAACAAUUAACAAUGGCUGGUGGGUAACGGAUACGAUGUCAACCGACGUAUGGGCCAGAUGGGUGUACCAGAACAAUGCCUGGAACUACACCAGCCUGCCCACCUCGUACCCACAAGAUUACCUCCAGACCGUGCAGGCGUUCACCGUGCUCGCCUGCAUAUUCUCCAUCCUGGGUCUCUUCGUCUUUGUUGCCCAGCUCUUCACCUUGAAGAAGGGACAGCGGUUCACAUUCUCUGGGAUUUUCCAGUUCAUUGCCUGCUUGUGCAUAAUGAUUGCCGCCUCAAUCUACACGGAUAUCUUCCACAAAAAUGAGCAGGGCUCGUACGGACCCUCCUUUAUCUUGGCCUGGAUUUCAUUUGCGCUCUCCUUCAUCUCCAGUGUCGUUUACUUCGUCCUCCGUAAGAAGACGGCAUAAGGAACGGCUAUGCAGACCACUGGAGAGAGGAAAAAAAUCCCUUUUUUGUGUUGUUGGUGAUAUGAGGGGGAUUAUGGAGUUGGGAGGGGUUAUCCAAGGGGAUAUAUUUUAUUUUUCAGUGGUCUUAUUCUGGUUUACAAGAAUAGUUAAUUGUUUUUAAAUUCUACAACCAAUGCCAAACUAUUAACAGUUUGUAGAAAGGAGAAUGAUGGAUAUAAGUGAAAGGAGGACAGAUUAUUAUAAAUAUAAGGAUAGGAAUAUUGUAAAAUAACAGUUACUUAUUACAAUAAAUUAGCAGCUAACCCCAAAUUCUAACUGGACUUCGAUUUUUAAGGGUACAGCUAAAUCUUUUGACUUUUUAAUAUUAUUUACUUUUAUAUCAUGGUACUUGUUCAGAUGUUAAAACAUAUAAUUCUGCAUCUCACUUGAGCAUUAUAUUCUACCACUGACAAACCAAUUAACAAGGCUUUUCCGCAACCUGCCAUUAUUUAGAUGAGUUCAUCAAAGGGCAUUUUUGAAAAACUACCAUAAUUUUGGCUCCAGCACAGAGUGAUGUGAUUUCGUCCCUAUUUCUAAGAUUGCUUACAAAAAAAUUCCGAGCUAUGACCUUUGCGGUUAUUUCAGCACAGUCCUGAAAUAGACAAACUUUUUUCAACAUAUAGCGAAAAAUAUAUAUUUAAAGAUAAAAUGUUUUAUUUUUGCUAUGCCCCUGAAUAACUUUUCAACUACAGUUUUGUCAGUUUUCCCCAUGAUCAUGAAUAUGAUUCCUGUGAAAUGUUCAUUAUUUCUUUGGCUGAAGGGCUUAAUGUUUUAUGUAAAUUAUACAAGCAGAAGGUGGCAGAAGCAAUCAGGACUUCAACCCACAGGUGUGAAUCAAAAGGUCACAAAUAAUAGAAGUUUUAACAUUCCUUCCAUAAUAGACUAUUUUAACAUUCCAGCACUAUCUUACACUUUAGCACAAUUUCUUUCAAAACUUACAAAUGAAUCGUUCUCAUUUAAAAUGAAAUCCUUCAUAUAUGUGUAUUAGAUAUUGGAGUAUGUUUAUAUCCUGUGUAAUUAAUUAAAAAAAAAAAAUUGUCAAAUCAUUAUUAAACAUAUUUUCUGUUCUACACAAUACAGAAAGCUAAAUGGUAACCAAGGACAUCCAAAAAAGGUUACAGCUCAUUUGUUGUUUUGUGGGAAGGAUUCGGGUGACAUCAAGUGCCUUUUGACAUUUGUACUGUAUCAUAUUCUGAGACAAUCUAUAAAAGAAAUGAUGAAUACUGGA